UGAGGGCUCAGAAGCUGUUCACUCUUGCGUUUUCCACUUAUGCUGCACCAGCAGGCCGACAGUCACCACUCUGAAGAGGCCUGUGCACCCAGGACCCUCGGUAUUGCCGGGGGUGUACAGAUUCACCUGUAUUUGCCAGAAUGCCUAAACUUCUUAACAGCAUACUCAAUGUGAGUAAGGUAUUCCAGAAAUAUGCUGAACACCACGGGAAGCACGCUUUACUGAGCAAGGAGGAGUUGAAGCAGCUGCUUCUCACUGAGUUUGGAGACAUCCUUCGGAGACCAAAUGACCCAGACACUGUGGAAAUCAUUCUGGAACACUUGGACCGAGACAGAAAUGGAUAUGUUGAUUUUCAAGAAUACCUCUUGUUGGUCUUCCAAUUGGUCCAAGCCUGCCAUCGUAAGCUCGAUAGUAAGGUGUGUGGAGCUGGAACCUCCUCCCAGAAAGAACAGGGUCAGAAAGGAAUGCAGAGCCACAAGUUUCCAGAAAACAUGGGCAGACAAGAUGGGCAGAGCUCUCACCACAGCUGGUCAGAGGGACAGAGUCAGGAUGUCCAACAUGAUCAGUCUCAGAGACAAGAUAAGGACUCCCACGGUCACUCUGAGAGACAUGAUACAGACUCUCACUAUGGUCAGUCAGAGAGACAAGACAGGGAUUCCCACCAUGGUCAGUCAGAGAAAUUCCAUCAGGACUCCUACCAUAGUUGUUCUGAGAGACAAGACACAGAUUAUAGCUCUGAUCAGUCUGAGAUAGACAAUCAACACUCUAGCUCUGGUCAAAGUCUGAGUUAUAAAUCUAGCAAUGACCAGCCCAAAAGCCAAGGAUAUAUCUUUGCCUUAAAUCAGUCUGAGAACCCAGCUCAGGUUUCUCAUUAUGGCCAGUCAAAAACAUUUAGACGACAAAGCAGCCAUGGCCAGUCUGGAAGAUUCCGGCAAGAUUCUUAUUCUAGUCAAACCAGUCGACAACAACCUGGUUCUUAUGAACAAUAUGGAAAGCUUCAUCAGAAGUCAGGCAACAGUCAGACAGACAGACAGGCCCAGAAUUCUCACUAUGGUCAGCCAGACAAACAAGGGAAUAGUUUCCAAUAUGGUCAAACAGAUGGACAAGGCCAGAGUUUCCAUUAUGGUCAGACAAAGAACAAAGGACAGAAUUUUCAUUAUGGUCAGAAAGGCGGACAAAGCCAAAGUUCUCAGCUGGGUCAGACAGGAAUAAAAGGUCAGAGCUCUCACCAGGGUCAGACAGACAGACAGAAUUCUUACCAGGAUCAGACACACAGCCAGAGUUCUCAGCAGGGUCAGACAGGCAGUCAAGACCAGAGUUCACGUUGGCAUCAGACAGACAGACAGACCUAUCACCAGGGUCAGACAGGUAGUCAGGGACAGAGUUCUCAGCAGGGUCAGACAGGCAGUCAAGACCAGAGUUCACAUUGGCAUCAGACAGACAGACAGACCUAUCACCAGGGUCAGACAGGCAGUCAAGGCCAGAGUUCUCAGCUGGGACAGACAGGCAGUCAAGACCAGAGUUCACGUUGGCAUCAGACAGACAGACAGACCUAUCAUCAGGGUCAGACAGGCAGUCAGGGACAGAGUUCUCAGCAGGGUCAGACAGGCAGUCAAAACCAGAGUUCACGCUGGCAUCAGACAGACAGACAGACCUAUCACCAGGGUCAGACAGGCAGUCAAGGCCAGAAUUCUCAGCAGGGUCAGACAGGCAGUCAAGACCAGAGUUCACGUUGGCAUCAGACAGACAGACAGACCUAUCACCAGGGUCAGACAGGCAGUCAAGGCCAGAGUUCUCAGCAGGGUCAGACAGGCAAUCAGGACCAGAGUUCACGUUGGCAUCAGACAGACAGACAGACCUAUCACCAGGGUCAGACAGGCAGUCAAGACCAGAGUUCAUGUUGGCAUCAGACAGACAGACAGACCUAUCACCAGGGUCAGACAGACAGGCAAGGCCAGAGUUCUCAGCAGGGUCAGACAAGCAGAGAAGGUCAGAGUUAUCACUGUGGGCAGUCAGGGAUUGGGAAAACUGAACUUCAAGGACAAAACAGGUACUUCCAAGGAACUGAUGAAACAAGAAGACACUCAUAUGUUGAACAAUCGGGAGGGUCAGGAAAACUAAGUCAACAGACUUCAAGAGAAGAAGUGAACCAAACCCAGAGACAGAGAUUUCAGGAUAGAAGGGAUCAGAAAACCCACCACCAGGCAUGGAAGCUUGAAAAGGAUAAUCAACACAAACUCUUAGCUCAGAUACAGCAAGAAGAGCCACACUCCCACAACGAGUAUGACUGGCAAUCACAGAGUAGUGAGGAGAGCCACUGGGAAGAGAAAGAGCAUCCUCAAUUCUGGGAUAGACACAGUCUUGAGGAUCAGGAAAGUCUGUAUGAGAUGCAAACCCAUGAAGAUGAACAAAGCCAUCAGACAAAGGAUACACAAACCUAUGUAGACAAGCAGAACCAGAAAAGACAACACAGGCAAACUCAUGAAGAAAACCAAGAUCAUCGACAUGGUAGACAAACCCAUGAAGAUGAGCAAAACUAUGAGAGGAAAGACAAAGAUCAAAAUCAUCAUCAACAAUGGAAUAGACAAACUCAUGAAGAAAAUGAGAGGUAUCAAGGAUCCCAAGACCGAUUCAGAAGCUUCCCCAACAAAGAAAGAUUCCACAAGAAUGAAGAUGACCAGUGCCAGGGAUCUGAGGGAAGACAUUUCCAUCAAACCCACAGAGGUGGGAGGUCCCAAAGAAGAGAACAACAGGGCAACCACUCUACCAAAACAGCUAACUCCCCCAACCCCCUCAAUGAUUACGUACGAGAGCAAGCAGUAUAUCAGUACUAGGCUACAUGAGCACCAGGGGUAAUGAAGAAACCUACAUGCCAAUUCAUCUUUGCUUCUGUUUAAAAGGUUGAAUUUUUAUGUCAUCCUUCUCUUUCUUAUCUACCUAUAAGAAUGCUUUUGAAGAGCAAUCUAGUACUCGUUUUUUGAAAGUUCAGUUCCUUGAGUAGCAAUUCUAGAGUUAUUUGGUUGGGUGGAGUAAAUUGGGUGAACUAAUCAAUCUCCAUUUUGAUCACUUUGUGGGUUUAAAUCAUUCCUAGUUUGUUUUCAGUUUAGGUGUUACUUAAUUGAAUCAUUGAAUGGCAGAACACUCUCCCUAAAGUUUAGAAACAGGAAAAGGUACACUGAAGACUUAUACUACACUUGAAGAAAUGGAUUUGGGUAAAAUAUCAGGAACCACAAGCUUCAUAGUCUAGAUUUUGAUAAAGCACACUGAGAAGCCUUUAGGAGAGAUAGAGAUCACAGAGAGCUUUUCUGUUACUAAUAUCUCUGAAGCCUCAGGUCCUAUUGAUGGGUCAUGAGAGCUGACCAGACACCUACUAAUCCAUCACAUAGACAGAAAGUAUAUCUCCUCUGUUUGAAGAUCCCUGGUAACCCAAACUAUCAUUUCUGGAAACCUUUUCAACAAAGACCAUGUGUAGAAUAUAAAAUUAUAUUAAAACUUCAAUAAAUGAUUGGUGAGCAAUGA